CGGUCCGUCGGUCCUCCCCUUGGACUCCGUAGACCGAAAGCUGUUUCGCGUCACAUCGACGCACCGCCCAGAGAAUGAAACGGUCGAGUGUAACGGACGAUUUGGAUGGGAGUCGCGUCCUCCGUUCCUCCGCUCGGUGUAGACGGACGGACGAGCGGUCGGAUGGAUGGAUAGAUGGAUGGAUGCCCGCGGGCAAGUAGGUUCUUUCGGUAGGUCGCUGUCGCUGGACAAAGCGAGUGGGAGGGGGGUCGGGGAGAUGGUCCGGCCAAAUUAGGAAGGGCGGGGACGAAGAGACUUUGUCUGCACGUCAAACUCGCUCCCAUCCUUUUCACGAAGGGGGACGUGAGACCGUCGGGGCGAGAGGCUAACGCCACGUGGCUGUCGAGUGAUCCCCCCCGACCCACAGCCCUCGUUCCCCCUUCAUUACUGCUGCUUUUGACUGCUAGCGCCACGAAGAAAGACGGGGAGGAAAAAAAACGCACACCGCCGAUCGAUCCGAGAGGCUUGUGGAUACGCCAACCGAACUACAAGCCCCCUCCCCAGGAUUCCUCGAUUCGGAAUUCGUGCUCUGUCUCUCUCCAUCUCUCUCUGUGUCUCUCCCCCUCUCCCUCUCUCUCUCCCUCCCUCUCUGGAGAAGACAAGCACGAGCAAGAGCACGACCACGAGCGCUGGCAAGUGCGAGCAAGUGCCGAAGAAAAGCCUCGACGAGAUAAUCAGCACAAUCGGGUCACAAUUGAGGUUCUGAACCCACUUGUGUCUGAUCACUCCAUGUCCUCCCGAUCCGAUCGACCGAACGAUCGCGUUGAAGCAGCGAGCGGGAUCAAUUUCGCUUCUUCAUACGAGCAGAUGCGAUGAGUGAGGGCAUGAGUGUUCUACCGGUCUGAGCUGAGCUCUGGCACUCUUCUCGGAUGAGCGGAUCACGCCAAGUAAUGCAUUGUCUCGAGGACCGGGAAGGCUUCAUGUGCACUGCUCAUACGAGAGAGACGUAAAGUGCACAACUCCAGUACGGUACACCUGAAACGAUGACCAUACCAAGUGGCAGGCGGUGCUCGUGGAAGCUCAUCACGCAAGUAUCAUGCUUACUGCUGGUGCUGAGUAGCCACAAAGCCAGCGCUACAUGCUUUCCAGCUAUCUUCAACUUCGGAGACUCCUCCUCGGACACGGGUGGCAACCAUGCGGCAUUUCCUACAGAAACAGCGGCCGAGUAUCUACCGUAUGGACAAACUUACUUCAAUGAACCACGUGCGAGAUACUCGGACGGCCGACUCACCAUCGACUUUAUAAUGGAGACGUUUGGUUUCAGGCUACUGGACCCGUAUAUGCAGUCGGUCACUUCAGACUUCGCCAAUGGGGUAAAUUUUGCAAUCUCAUGGGCAACAAGUCGAAGAGUACUGGAUUACCGUACGUUGUUCCCACUUUCGACACAGGUUACACAGUUUCAAUUGUUCAAAAAAGAAGUUACUGAAAUCAUCAAUGGUACCUCAGCACUACUGGCAAAAAGAGGGAUUCAACCAUACGUAAACGGGACCAGCGGUACCACUACGACACAAGCAUCUACGGCAGGAGUAGCAGUCACCACCCAACAUCCUUACAAGAAACUUUACGAUGAACUCUUUAGAGGAAAAAACGAUAGCUUCAGCGGAGCUGUGGAGACUACCACAAGUCAAGAUCCAGAGUUGAAGAUCGCUCUCGAAGCUGCACGAAGGAUUCCUUUGACCGAGUAUUUUGAGCAAGGUUUGUACAUCAUCUCAAUUGGAACAAGCGACUUCAGCGCUGGUAUAGCGAAACAACAGACUCUGCUCGACAUAGAAGCAUACCUUCCAGACAUUGUGACUGGGAUCACUAACGCUGUAAAAGCUAUCUACAAUGAGGGAGCGAGAACUAUAAUUGUGGGAGGUGUUGGUCCCAUCGGAUGUUUGCCAGUACAGCUCACUGUGAUUACUCACGACGCCACACAGCUCGAUAACUUCGGAUGCCUAGCACCCUACAAUACACUUGUGCGCUCCUACAACGUUCAACUGAAACAAGCUCUAGUUGAUCUUAGGGUUCAGUUACCCUUGGCCACGAUCGUGUACCUGGACAACUAUCAGCUGCAACACAAUCUUCUCUUCAACAACACGCAAAACGGCAUAUCAGUUGGUAUCCAAUCUUGCUGUGGAGUUCCCUCCACAUACAACUUCAACGAUAAAGUUCAAUGCGGCGAGACUGGCAUAGUUGACGGUGGCUUGUUCCUGGUUUCUCAAACAUGCCCAAACCCCGUUAAUUUUACCAUAUGGGAUGGAUAUCACUAUACAGAAGCAGCCAACCGCUACUUUGCCAGGCAGAUAUUGUCAGGACGCUAUUUCGACCUUCCGUUUUCUCUGAUUCCUGACAACUGCACUGCCAAUCAAAUAUAGCCCACUCGUACAAAGAAGUGAAGGAAGGGCGUCUGCACUCUUCGACUCGCUGGUUUCUUGAACUAAGUUGUAGGCAAAUAACAUUGAAGACUUUGUAGCUUUAAUUGUUUGAUGUCCAACAUGGUUGGACACCUUGGUGCCAGAUUGCACCAUGCAAAUAGAAUGGGUACAUUCGCCAGGCUGUGAGAAGAUAAUCAACUUUCACUGGUUCAGACAGCUCUCAAAAGAUUGAAACCUCAAGAGGCUGUGUCCACGUGAAACACCAUCACUGCAAAUGGCGGAAAAAAGUCGGUAAACUAGGCAAAGUAUAUUGGCGAGUUUCUAGGCAAUCCUAGACGUGGUGCACAAGCAGUCAGAAAACCUGCUGUACAGAGAACAUGAGUUACUUAUUGAUUAUCUUGAACAUGGUUGCGGUGCAUGUACCGCUGACUUGAUUCACUUAGCGACCUCAUGUAAUGAUUAUAUACUUGUGAUGAACUUGGCCUUGAAUGCAAU